GUUUUAGUCAACACAUACUUCACCCUUAACCACUUCCCGUCCGGCCCAUAUAUAUAUACGGCUGGACGGGAGCAGUGCAGGGGAGGGUGGCCGUUUAUAAACAUCCUCCCCGCUUCCUGUUUAUGCGUGCUCCGUGGGAGUACGCAGGACCGCGACCCGUUGCCUGCUGUGUCGAGAGGACACAGCGGAACACCGAUCGUUGUACGGGACCUCUGUGUGAGGUCAAGAUCAUGUGAUCACUGAUUUGCCAAUCAGUGAUCACAUGAAGAGUAGUAAGCAAGAUGUCACUUCUGACAUCAUUGCUUACUAUGUGUGAAAUCUGUGAAUGAUCACAGAGAUCACAUGGUACAAGGCUAUUCACAACAGCCUUGUAUAAUGUGACAAUCUGUGACCAAUCACAGCUCACACCGUA